AUCCUCACGGAAAAAAAAAAACACCCUCAACCGGGGCAUACGGCCGCCCUCAUAGGUUUGGCUCUCCUCCAGCCGCCGCCGCCCGAGGGAUCUCCUGCCACCGUAGUCCCUUCUCUCCACCGGCCGGUGGAUCGGCUCCACCCUCCCUCCCAAAUCCGCCGCCCCCGAUCUUCCUCCUCCUCCGCGCCCUACGUCGCCCCCGACGCCUGAGGUCACCGACGCCGUCCUCCUCCUCGCGUACGCCGCCGCCGCCCCCUACCUCCCUCCCCAAACGCCGCCUGCCGCCCUGCUCCACUUCCAACACCGCAGGCCCGCCCCCGCUUCGCCUCCGAAUCCAAGUCUAGGUACAGCAGUCCAGCUUCUGCAAAUGCUUGAAGGCAGCAGCAUUUCCAACCAGAAGACCUUGUAUGAAGUUCUAUCUGUGCCUGAAGAUGCUACAUAUGACGAAAUACGCGCAGCAUACAAGUGUGCUGCUUUAAACACGCAUCCUGACAAAGCACAGGUGACUCUCGAGUCAUUUGUGUCUACAGGUGAGCAACAUGGUUUUUUCGGUGUGCAGAAGGCAUGGGAAACCCUACGCUACCCCAAAUGUCGAGCAGAGUAUGAUAAACAGCUGCAAUCAUCCAGACAGAGUGUUGAUAUUAUCGCAACCGAUAUCGAAGUCGAGGAUAUGAUUGUUGAAAGUUCUGACGAUGGCAUGGAACUACUGUACGCCUGUAGAUGCGGCGAUUAUUUUUGUAUCACAGCUUGCGAACUUGGUAAAAUGGGGAUUUCGGUGGGCGAAGAUGGGGAAAUAGAAGCGCAGGCACCUGAUUCUUUAUCGACGUCUGUUGUUCUGGGCUGCGGCUCGUGUUCUCUUAAGGCACGACUGGUUAUAAAUAGGACUUGAUUCAUCGUGCCUCUGCUAGCUUAUUCAUUUUUUCUUGUGUACCUGAGCCCUGAUGGUUGUGAUGUGAUGAAUGAUGUUUCUGACCAUUGUGCUCAGCUAACCACCUUUGUUAAUUCAAGUCGCUGUGAAUUAAAGGUGCUUGUUUGGGUUGUUA